CAGCAGCAGCAGCAGCAGCCCCCGUGGCGGCGGCGCGCCCGCUCCGCCAGCCUUGCCCCUACCUGCCCGCCGUGCCCACCUGCAGCCAUGGAGCGGGUCAGCGACGCGGCGGCGGCCUCCUGCGGCGGGGGCGGCGGCGGCGCCGGGGCCCCGGGCCCCUCGGCGGGCUGCUACACCUACCAGGUGAGCCGGCACAGCACGGACAUGCUGCACAACCUGAACCAGCAGCGCAAGAACGGCGGCCGCUUCUGCGACGUGCUGCUGCGCGUGGGCGACGAGAGCUUCCCGGCCCACCGCGCCGUGCUGGCCGCCUGCAGCGAGUACUUCGAGUCGGUGUUCAGCGCCCAGCUGGGCGAGGGCGGCGCGCCGGGGGGCGCCGAGGCCGGGCCGCAGGACGUGGCGGCGGGCGCGCCGGGGGGCGCGGGCGGCGCGGGGCCCAGCCGCGAGCUGGAGAUGCAUACCAUCAGCUCCAAGGUCUUCGGGGACAUCCUGGACUUCGCGUACACGUCGCGUAUUGUGGUGCGCCUCGAGAGCUUCCCCGAGCUCAUGACCGCCGCCAAGUUCCUGCUCAUGAGGUCCGUCAUCGAGAUCUGCCAGGAGGUCAUCAAGCAGUCCAACGUGCAGAUCCUGGUGCCCCCGGCCCGGGCCGACAUCAUGCUCUUCCGCCCCCCGGGGGCCGCCGACCUGGGCUUCCCCCUGGACAUGACCAACGGAGCGGGCCUGGGGCCCAACGGCAAUGGCAUCGCGGGCAGCAUGCCGCCGGAGGACGAGGCCGCCCGGGCCGCGGGGGCCGCCAUCGCGGGCCAGGCCUCCUUGCCCGUCCUGCCCGGGGUGGACCGCCUGCCCAUGGUGGCCGGGCCCCUGUCCCCCCAGCUGCUGGCCUCUCCGUUCCAGAACGUGGGCGGCGGGGCCCCUCCCCUGACGGGCAAGCGGGGCCGGGGCCGCCCCCGCAAAGCCAACCUGCUGGACUCCAUGAUGUUCGGGUCCCCCGGCGGUCUCCGCGAAGCCGGCAUCCUCCCCUGCGGCCUCUGCGGGAAGGUGUUCACCGACGCCAACCGCCUUCGGCAGCAUGAGGCCCAGCAUGGGGUCACCAGUCUCCAGCUGGGCUACAUAGACAUCCCCCCGCAGCGGGUGGGCGAGAACGGGCUGCCGCUCCCCGAGGACCCCGACGGCCCGCGCAAGAGGAGCCGCACCCGGAAGCAGGUGGCCUGCGAGAUCUGCGGCAAGAUCUUCCGAGACGUCUACCACCUGAACCGCCACAAGCUCUCGCACUCCGGGGAGAAGCCCUACUCCUGCCCCGUGUGCGGCCUGCGCUUCAAACGGAAAGACAGGAUGUCCUACCACGUCCGCUCCCACGACGGCUCCGUGGGCAAGCCCUACAUCUGCCAGAGCUGCGGCAAAGGCUUCUCCAGGCCGGAUCAUCUGAAUGGACACAUCAAGCAGGUGCACACGUCCGAGAGGCCUCACAAGUGCCAGACCUGUAACGCCUCCUUUGCCACCCGUGACCGCCUGCGCUCCCACCUGGCCUGCCAUGAAGACAAGGUACCCUGCCAGGUGUGUGGGAAGUACUUGAGGGCAGCCUACAUGGCGGAUCACCUGAAGAAACACAGCGAAGGACCAAGCAAUUUCUGCAGUAUCUGUAACCGAGGUUUCUCCUCUGCCUCCUACUUAAAGGUCCAUGUUAAAACCCACCACGGUGUUCCCCUUCCCCAGGUCUCCAGGCACCAGGAGCCCAUCCCGAAUGGGGGAGCAGCGUUCCACUGCGUCAGGACCUAUGGCAUCAAAGAAGGCCAGAAAUGCUCACAUCAGGACCCGAUUGAGAGCUCUGACUCCUACGGUGACCUCUCGGAUGCCAGUGACCUCAAGACCCCCGAGAAACAGAGCACCAACGGUUCCUUCUCUUGUGACAUGGCCGUCCCCAAAAACAAGAUGGAGCCCGACGGGGAGAAGAAGUACCCUUGCCCCGAGUGCGGGAGCUUCUUCCGAUCCAAGUCCUACUUGAACAAACAUAUCCAGAAGGUGCAUGUGCGGGCCCUCGGGGGGCCCCUGGGGGACCUGGGCCCCACUCUGGGCUCCCCCUUCUCUCCCCAACAGAACAUGUCCCUCCUGGAGUCCUUCGGCUUUCAGAUCGUGCAGUCCGCCUUCGCCUCGUCGCUCGUGGAUCCGGAGGUCGACCAGCAGCCCAUGGGGCCGGAGGGAAAGUGAGGCAGGCUUGUCCCCACUAACGAGCAGCAGUCUGUCGAUCCGGAGAGAUGCUGUGGAUGAGGAAGGAGAUGAUGUCGUUGGGUUCUGUAGCUGAGAGAUUUUUCUUCAUUUUUAACUUCCCAGACUCCCCCCCUCCACUGCCCGCCCCCUCCCCGUUCCCGAGUACUCUGUAGAGGUAGCUUCUCAGGCCGAGACCGCGCAGGGAAGUCCGCGCGGCUGAGGACCGGGGUCAGGACGCGGGGCGGCCGCGGCGCAGCCAAACACUACGCCGUCUCCCAGGCUCCGCCGGGAGCGGCUUCUCCCCUGGUGGAGACCCCCGAGGGACCCCGCCCCCACGGCGUCCGGGGCCCUCUCCCCCGUCCUUCCCUCCACCUUUCCCUCUCCCGCCUCCCCCCAGAAACCGCAGUAAGUUUUCCACCCACCUGCAAACACUGAUCAAUUCCCAGCUGUUCGGAACGAAUCCGGAAGCCUGUAGCAUCUAGCAGACCACGGUGCCGAGUCCUCCUCAGACUCUCGGAGGAGCCGGGCUGGGGGCCCCGAGAUCGCCGCGGGGCCGAGGGGCUCCGCCCGCCGCGGCCGCCAUCAUCCCAAGCCAGUUCUUUUGGUACUUUGACCAUUCAACUUGCUGUCGGGUUUUAAUUCUCUAAUUAUUAUUAUUAUUGUUAUUAUUUUUAGGACCUGUUGUAGUGAAUUGCUACUGAAAGCCAGUCCAGGUGAUAUACAGAACUCUUUUUAAGCAGCAGUCACAUUAGGGUUAGUAUUAAAAUUUUUUAGGAGUAUCAUAAAUAAUAACUUGGCUAGUUGAUGGUUUUGAGUCUAUGGAAAAAUUAGUUUUAUGCAAAAUUAAAAAAAAAAAGUCAGUCUGGUUGGGCGCUAGAAGCCUGGUUUCUCCCCACGGAGGGAGCCGCCGAGAGUCGGGGAUUUCCUGCACCACGCCUACGGCGCCUCGAAAAAACCCAGUUUUGCUGAGUUUAUGUGAUUUGAUCUAUCAGACUGUAUUAAAAAAGUUAGUAUGUUACUUA